AGACUUCAUGUUCUUGGGGUUCCUUGAACUUUCUCUGAGGAACCCACAACUCUCCUGUGAUACAGAUCCAAGAGGGUCUGCCUCACCACGGAGAAGGGGCAACAAAGAGGGUGCUGGCUGUUCUCUUUCUUUAUAUUUUUAGAGGGGUGCAAGGGACUCAAACCCAGGGCAUUGCACAUGCGAGGCAAGCAUUCUUCCUCUGGUUAUAUCCCAAGCCCUCUGGCUAUUCUAAUGAAAGGAAAUAAUUACUCUUGAAGAACAUGAGGUGUGAAUAUUGUGCAUGGAGAAGAGGUCUCUAGUUGAGAAUUUUACUGCCAUUUUAUAUGUUUUUAAGAUGAGAAAGGAAAGACCUUUGACUUGACAACACUUUCUUCCCAGUGCCAACAGUUUUCCCCAAAACAUGCAAAUCUCAAGAAAGUAAAUCUCCUUAGAGGUUACAGACAAUAGUUAAUCUUUACUGAAAGCUUCCCAGACACUGUUCUGAAUGCAUUACAGUUAUUAUUUUGAUUUAUCCUAGGGGGUAUGUGCUCUUAUUGUUCCUACAUAUAGAUCAGGAAAAAUGAGAAAGAGAGAAGGUAAGAAAAUUCCAAAAUCACCCAGUAAAAAUGUAGAGCUUGAAUAUGGAGGUGGGCUGUCUGACUCUGACAGCUGUGCUGUUAUGAUCUACACUUCAUGCAUUUUCAGAGUUUGGUUCAUAGCUUCAGACAAACCUGGACUGUGGCACACAGAGUCCUACUAAGUGUUGUAGUGGGUCACAGUGGCAUUCUCACUGUGCUGCAAUAUCAAAGUGGACCAGAAAGCCAGAAACCCCACCAUUCAUGCUCCUAUUAUUUUCCCGUUCUCCACAGACCAUCUCUUCCCUUCACCCCUCACUUAUUUCCCCCUUCCUGAACAUGUCCUCUAAAUGCUCACACACACCCCCAUCAAUUCUCAGAGGGCAUGUGCUCCCACACUAGAAGCACCAGGGCAAUUGGCAGACCCACACAGAGGCAGUGCCAGGAGUGUCGGCAGCUGAAAGGGGUUGGGGGAGAGGUCCCAAGGACCUGGGAAUCACUGGGGCAGAUCUGAGGCAAACACUGAAGGGGAGGAACCCAGACCAACAAGUACCAUUUAGAAGUCACAUGAACCAUGCUCACUGUGUAUGUGCUAAAUACUCCAGACCUUGUAUUUUUCCAGGACAAACAAUCAAUGAAGGAAAGAGAAGAGAGCAGAGUUCAAGUCUUUGAUUCCACCCUAGGGACUAAGUUUUCUUUGUAAGCUAACAGUUUCUCCACUCUGUUAACAUCUGUGAUACAUUAUUUCACUACAGGCUUCAGUGUUUCAUGGAAGCUUUUCCUCUUCCUGCCUCUACAAUUAUUUUCCUGAGUUUUACAAAACAGAGAGAUUUUCACUUCUAUUAUUGUUUAUUCAGUUUAUUCAUUUUCUUUAAGAUGGCUCCCUGAAUUAUCGAGUUCCAAUAAUUCCCCAUUACUCUGACAUUUAAACAUGCCAUUAAAAAUGCUUGAAAUUUUUGAACCAUUUUUGUGGAAAUCUCUACAAUGUGUAUUAUAAUACCUGAACCUUCUGCAGGUAAGGAGAGAGAGAGAGUCAAGUUUGGCCUUACUAAAAUUUGGCUAGAGCCAGAGAAACAUGAGGAAAAUUUGGCCUUACCCUAAAUGUUUACAACUGAUGUUUUAUAUCCCAGCCCAAUAAGAUUUUGAAUGUGACAACUAAUCUUGUUGCUUCCUUAUCACUGAACCUAAUAUGGGUAGGAUGAGUGACGAUGCUUUUUUUCAAGGGAUAAUGUAAACCUAAACAUUUUCUAAGUAUUACUUAAUAGUAUUCAAAGUACAGAAAGAAGGCUUACAGAGAUAUGUUCGCUGAAAUGGAAGAAGAGAUCUUAAAGCAAUCUCAGCAAGUUCAAGGCAUUAUUUUUUAAAACUGCUAUUCAAAAUGAAGAACAUGUUGAAGAAGGUAGAGCCAGUCUCUACCAGUCUGUGAUUUCCAACAGCAGCAAGGAGAUGUCUUGUUACUCAGAUUUUCCAUUCCCAGAAGAUUAUCCAAACUAUGUGCCAAAUUCUCUAUUCCUGGAAUAUCUCAAAAUGUAUGCAAAACAGUUUGAUCUUCUGAAAUGCAUUCAAUUUAAGACCAAAGUGUGCAGUGUUAAAAAGUGCCCAGAUUUUGCUAUCUCAGGCCAAUGGGAAGUGGUCACGCUGCAUGAAGGAAAACAAAACUCAACCGUCUUUGAUGCUGUCAUGGUCUGCAUUGGUUUUCUCACCAACCCUUUUCUACCACUGGAUUCCUUUCCAGGUAUAAAUACUUUUAAAGGCCAAUACUUUCAUAGCCGACAGUAUAAACAUCCAGACAUAUUUAAAGACAAGACAGUCCUUGUGGUUGGAAUGGGAAAUUCCGGCACAGACAUUGCAAUAGAGGCCAGUCAUGUGGCAAAAAAGGUAUUCCUCAGCACCACUGGAGGGGCAUGGGUAAUCAGCCGAGUCAAUGACUCAGGAUACCCAUGGGACAUGGUGUUCACAACACGAUUUCAGAACAUGGUCAGAAAUUUUCUCCCAACUCCAAUUGUGACCUGGUUGAUAGCAAGAAAGAUGAAUAGCUGGUUCAAUCAUACAAAUUAUGGCUUAGUACCAGAAGACAAGACUCAGUUGAGAGAGCCUGUGCUAAACAGUGAGCUCCCUGGAUAUAUUAUUACUGGGAAAGUGUUGAUCAAGCCAAGCAUAAAGGAGGUGAAGGAAAAGUCUGUCAUAUUCAACAAUACCCCAAAGGAAGAGCCCAUUGAUAUCAUUGUCUUUGCCACUGGAUAUACCAUUGCUUUCCCCUUCCUCGAUGAAUCUGUUCUGAAAGUUGAAGAUGAACAAGCAUCGCUAUACAAGUAUAUAUUUCCCCCACAUCUGCAAAAACCAACUCUGGCUGUGAUUGGCCUUGUCAAACCUUUGGGCUCCAUGAUACCCACAGGAGAAACACAAGCUCGAUGGGUUGUUCAAGUCCUAAAAGGUGUGAGCAUGUUACCACCACCAAGUGUCAUGAUAAAGGACGUUAAUGAAAAAAAAGAAAACAAGCACAGUGGGUUUGGCUUGUGCUACUGCAAUGCUUUACAAACAGAUUAUAUUAAAUACAUAGAUGAUCUCCUGACCUCCAUCAAUGCAAAACCCAAUUUGUUCUCUAUGCUCCUGAUGGACCCACGCCUGGCUUUGACCCUCUUCUUUGGCCCGUGCUCAUCAUACCAGUUCCGCCUGACUGGCACAGGAAAAUGGGAAGGAGCCAGAAAGGCCAUCAUGACGCAGUGGGACAGAACACUGAAUGUCACCAAAACUCGGAUUGUACAAGAAUCCCCAUCGCCCUUUGAAAAUUUGCUUAAACUCUUUAGCUGUCUGGCUUUGCUGGUAGCUGUUUUCUUGAUUUUCUUAUAAGUACCAGAUCAUUUAGAUGGCUUUUCAAAUGUACAGAGUACAAUGCUCUGACUCCUUUAUUACAGCAACACUGCCUUCACAGUUAUAAACCAUGUUCAGAUAGUGAAGUCCAACCCUUCCUCCCCAGGUGACCCCAGUCUACCCCUGGUACUCCUGAGCCUUUCCCAGUACCAUUAUGUCUAAUACUAGAGGAUGAUGACUGAAGACUCUGUGCACUUGAAGUGUUGAGAGCUUCCAGGUCCAUUUUAGGAGCAGCACUGUCCUUGGCAGCACUGUGAGCAGUCAUAACUCAUUCCCAUAAAAACUAUUUUUACCAAUCUUAACUAAACCUCCCUACCUCUUAGAAGAUUGAUUUGCACUAAAAUGGUUCUCCUAUGGUAUUAGCUGACUAAAAAUAAAAAGGAAGAAAAACCUAGGAGCUGAUUGUUUCAAGUGGUCUUUGUUCUCUUUUUAUGGGUUGGGAAAAAAAGAAGCAUAUAAAAGGAUGGGCAGUUCAAGUUGUUAGCUUGAGGUUUUCCAAAGGAAUGUACUUGCCUGGGAAAGCUCAUUCCCCAGAACCUUGUCUAUAAUAAAACCAAUGCUCCAUCUGGUAUUAUACUAAAGACUCAAAUCACAUUUACUCCACAGAAACAACUACCUUGGCUGGGGAUAUAGCUCAGUGGUACAGCAUUUGCUUAACAUGCCCUGAGUUGGAUCCCCAGGAGAAGAAGAAGGAAGGAAGGAAGGAAGGAAGGAAGGAAGGAAGGAAGGAAAAACUAGAGCCAGCCCACCUCACAGUUACAUCUGAUGAAGAUGCCAUGUACCAGAGGAAAUGAGCCCUCAGUUUACCUGGUUAAUGGGCUUAGAUAGAAAACCUCACCUCAAAAUAGGCCCAUGGAUUGAGUUGGGGAGAUUAAGAAACUAUGGAGUCAGGUAAGAUUGAGCUCUGGAGGUCAACACAGCUACAGAUACAUCACUUCUCCUCCACUUUUGUCUGCUCCACUACAUCCCCAGUAUUAUUUCACUUUUCAACACUCCUCCUGGCCUAUUUCACUUUAUAGCAUAGAAAUUUAUAAUGAAAAAUUAUCCCACAAAAUUCAGUCUAGAUUACUUUUGGAACUGCUUUUCUCUCCAUUGAAGCACAGCUGACAUUUUAUCACUCUUCAUGAAGCUGCUGGCAGUUGGGGUGGGGAUUGAUGCCCAAUGUGAGACAAGGCCAGGGAGACACCCAGGCCACAUUGGCAAACCACAGGAUGAAAGGUGAGCUGAAUCUUAUCUACUGAUCUAGGAGACUGAAUCUACAAAUCAACAGUGGCCAGAAUAUCUAACAGAACUCUGACCUAUAACAGUGUCGCAGUCAGCUCAGAGCAGCCAGGACUUGGGCAAUGAGUACCAGUUCUUCUAAUUUUUGCUCCAGCUUCCAAUUCUCAACCAACCAAAGAAAACCAAAUAAGGUCCCCAUGCCAGUCUUAUAUGAUGUCUUGCUCUUUGGCCGAGUUCCAUCUUCCCCAUACAAACAACCUCCAGUGGGAGUGUACUUGAAACCUUCUCUUUUUUUUUGCUUUCAAAAAUUUUAAAACAACAAUAAUUCCAGCUACUUAGGGGUGGGGGGAGCAGAGAUUGGGAGAACUGCAGCUCAAUGCUAGCCCAGAAAAAAAGUUAGUGAGACCCCACUUCAACAAACAACCUGGACAUGGCAUCACACACACACAUCUGUAAUUCCAGCUGCAUGAGAGCCACAGGUAGGAGAACUGUAGUACAAGGGCUUGUCUGGACAAUAGUGAAAUUCCUCCUGAAGAAUAAACUAAAAGCAAAAAGGUGGGAGCAUGGCUCAAGUGGUAUAGUGCCUGCCUAGCAAGUAUGAGGCCAUGAAUUCAAAACUCUAGUACCACCAAAACACAAAAACAAUAACAAAAAAUCUCCCUUGCCUUCCUUGAAUCUAGGCCAAACAUGAGUGGUAGUGGUUAAAUCACUUUCUAUAACAAGCUCCCUCUUCAUUUGCUUCAACAAUAUAAAACACACAUCCUGUAAACUGGUAAUGCACCUAAAGACUGAGGUGGUAAUGAUAUUCUGCACAUUUGUACUACUAGAAAAUAAAUAAUGUGCCAACCAUUUUCUCAUUUAAUCAUCAUAAGAAAUUUAUGGUUGGAGUGCAACUGCACUACAUAAUUAACAAGAAAACUCAGACAAGGGGAUGCCAGUUGACUUGUGCAAGAUAGCAAAGGUAACCAGUGGUUGGGUAAGGGCUAUGUCUCCAAAACAUACAUCUGUGGAUUUUACCAUUUAGGCCUGUGGUUUCCAGUGUUCAAAUCACUUCAAAAGUCUUAAUCGCAGAAAAGAGAAAAAUAGAGGGGAUGAACCAAUUUAUAAUGUAUAUAUGAAACUUCCAGUAUAGCUAUCU